UUGAACUCCAACGUCGAAACUAAUAAUGCGCGCGAUGAUUAAAGUUCGCUCAUCACGUACCGGUGAUCUGAUUUCCCGGCUCAAUUGUGGAAGCCGUGUAAAUGACUUCAAGUACACCAAAACCGAAAGUUCUUACCAACAUAACAAAGAGAAAAGUGAUGUUACCAUCUUGACACAUCCAUUAUUGACGUGUCCCUUGUGAAGGUUGGUGAAGCUCGCCUGCAGGAAUGCCUUCCGCGAUGCUAAGGAAGACAACGACUGCAAAAAGGCCCGGAAUUAUUCAUCAACGAAACUUUCAGCGGCAUAUGAAAACAGUUAAAAGUUUGGUCGAGGACAUCGCUGAUGCAGAAGAUCCUGAAGAUCACGAGAUUAAAUUGAAACUCGACGAGAAAUCUUAUCAAAGUUCUUCAUCCUUGACUCGAAACUUCGCAGGAAACCGGGGACAAGAAAAUAAGUCGAAAAUUCAGUCAGAAACUUCUUCUGACAUAUUCUUCGAUAAUGAUAGAUUUUUCAACGGAUUCGACAGCGACCCGGUAAGCGAAGACAGUGGGGAUGAUUGCACUGAACAACAAACCGAGACUCGUAAAUUGACUGAAGUCGAGAGACUCGAAGAAGUUCAGACAGACUUGGAGGAAAAAAUUAAACGAACCAAAGAACUGCUCCAGAAAACAGACCGAACGAGAAAUCAAAGAAUGCAUGGCCAGCAGAAUUUGAAGCGACUUGAGCUAAAACUUGAAAAGUUAGAGCAGCGUCUGGAAAGGGAAAGAGCCGGAAAAACUAGAUGGACUUUUGUGCGAAGAAACAUAAAGAAGCCCAAGGUUGGAUUUCACAGCAGCGAUUUGUUAAAUCGAAAGAUUCCACUGGCUAAACUGCUAGAAAGUUCAUCAGAGAGCCAAUCUCAUCUGGCUGAAGUUGUUCUCCAAGAGAUGCAUCGCGAUGUUGCUGUUCAAAAUCAGGUCGACAGUGACCCCACACCAAAGCCAACAAAGCUGUUCAAGUCGAGAGAACUCCAUGAGUUUGAGAAAAGUCUUCAAGAAGACGACUCCCAACAGCAAAAGAAAGUGACAGAAUCUACCACCGAUGACUUGUCUCAGAUUGAGGCAACCAAACAGGAAUUAAACAAAAAUGAGAAUGAAGAAGAAUCUUUGGAAAGCUUCAACAUAACGCAACUUAAAGAUCGAAAAGAGAUGGAUAAGGAAUGGCUAAGGAUCAGUGAUAGGCCUGACGGUUUCAUAAAAAAGAUUCAAGAUGUGUCAGAGACAAAGCAGUCCAAGCAAGCUUGGGUUAACAUCAAUGACCAUGCUAGUCAAAUGUUUGCAAGGAAAGUGUUCCGGGCUCAGGCGAAUGGUGACUCGUUCCUCCCCCGUUCAUGGGACGGGAGAAGAAGCGCACUAAACAAUCGCGCAGAAACAUUGAAAGUUGAUGGAAGAAUGUCUGUUGGCGGUUCUAGUAAGGAAAAAGACAAAUAUAAAUGUGCCGGACGAACAUCAUCUGCGCAAUCCCAGCGAAGAGUGACGGUGGUCAAAAUGGACACCGUUACUGGGACCAAUACUUUUCUGCCCCCGAUUCCAAAGUCUGAGGCGAAGAAACGCCCAAAAGAAGAACAAGUGGAAAAAGUAAAAGACGAAAAUGACAAAGAGCAACAGAAAGAAAAGAUAAUACUGAUUCCCAAUCGAAGGCGACUGGCCAGAAGAAGAAUCGAGAUUUACCUAAAACAGCUGAAAUUUGUCAAGUCUCACAAACUAGACGAAAAAGAGGUUGUAAAGAAUAUAGCAUCCUCAGUCGAGGAUUACCAGAGCCGCAAAUCAAAAGGAGGAAAAAAGGAACAUGACUCAAAAACUACUCCACGGAGCACUUUGUAUUUGAUCGGGGCAUUGUCAAAAACUCAUCUCCACCCUCCCACAGCACUGCCGAAUGAUCGAUGAUAAUGCUUGGUUACCAGAGCAACCAUCAACUGAGUGUCGAAAGUAAAUCCGGGAUUGCUUUGGUUUUUCUUUGUUUCGCUUUUUGAUUGGUCCAGAGAAAACUCACGCCAAUUUUCAACCAAUCAGAUGCAAAUCUAAGACCAGUCGCAACUUGGUCGCCCGGCGUUUUCGCGCGCUUUCUGAUCGCAUCAUUAUGGUAUUCAUGUGGAAUCAAACAUUAGGCUCUUGAAAAUAAGGAAAUAAUAAAAAAGUUGAAAAAAUCUUGAUUUUUAUCUGAAUUCUUCUUGUUAGUGCCCUAGGUAGUGUAUAAGGAACAGUAUGGAGAAUAUAAAUACUAUGUUUGGGUGUAAAGAGUUAAACGCGCUACCAGGUACAGCUGUAUGCAUUUUGAGUAUGUAUCCUUCAUGUCAAGCUCAGGUUUUGCGGUUGAUUUGACGAGAGCUAAGCGUACAGCUUCACUCGAUAUAAUUGCAUCUGAACUGUGUAUAUGUAACAUGAUGGUCGUUUGAAAGCUCCUUCGUUCGAAACAAAAUACGAAGAAGGGUCUGUCCUCCACUGAAAAACUCUGCUGGAUCUCAUUUUGCAUCACAGAGGUAACGGAUCACCAGCAAAUUCUGGUUUCAGUUUGCUUUACCCAACUUACUAACAAAAUUUUACUUAGGCAAUAGUUAUAUCCGUUCUUUAAAAGAAUGGC